AUGAACAAGAAAAUCACAAAAGUUGUGUUUAACAGUGACGUAGACGACUGGUCUCAUGACACGUCUGUUUUUGACACAAAAAUUAGCAACAAAAGUAAUUUGUGCUUUUUAAUAGAAGACACAAACAACAACAAGUUUGGUGGCGUGUUUACUGGUUUUGUCAAAGUCACAAACAAAUUUGUUGUGAAUGACAACACUUUCAUAUUUUCAUUAACAAGAAACGGAAAAUUUGAGCAAAAGAAGUACCAAGUGAGACCAAAAGGUGGCGCAUUUCAUUUAUAUUCAAAAAAUGAUCAAAAUAAAAAACUUUUUGCGUUUGGAUAUGGCCAAAUAAAUGAUUAUGACAUUUGUGUCUUUAAGAAAGGAGUCAAUGACAAUCAUUGUCACCAACACAAAUUUGCGGCAAAAGAAGGCGAUUUGAUUGAUGGGAAAACAUUUACUCCUAAAAGAAUUGUUGUUUAUCAACUCGUUGAUAAUUAA